ACACCCGCCCUCUAAUUAUAAAAAUAUAUGUAUGUAAUUACCCCAAAACAUUUUAAUUAUAUCAAUUUUGUCCCAUUUUAUCUACCCAAUCUGAAAAUGGAUCCCUUUCUUUCUAAAUCUGCCACUUGGCAGCACCCCAAACAAUUUCUCCUUCUUCUUUUCUGUUUUUCUUUUCUUUCUUCCUGUCUCUCCCUCUCGGCUCUCUCUCAUCUCUCACUUCUCUCCCUCUUCUCUGCACCGCGCACACAUGCACGCACCCAUCUCCCCGCGCGAGGAAGCCCAUCACCCUUCAUCACCGCGUCCUGCUCUCUCUCUCUCUCCCUCUCGUUCCCGCGACCCCAGAGAACCGGAAAAGGAGCUCCGGCGAGAUUUUUCAAUCUCCGGUUAGGUUAUAGGACGAAAUCGAAGCCGGGUGUAAGCACACCCAACUCCGGCGACCUCGGGGGUUUUUCCGGCCAUCUCCGUCCAUUCCACGACGAAAGGAAGGGGCAAUUAUUGGUGACGUUUUCUUGUUCGUUAGUUUGCGUGACUCUUCGGCGGCUAAGUACUGACUUAGAAUCGAGGCGUACAAUCCCGGCAUCCAGACACUUCCGCAUCGGUAUCUUCGAGUCCUCUAGGUGUAGGACCCCGUUCUGUGUUCAUUCAAAUUGUUUAUGUUAAUUCUUCUAAUAUUCUCGAUUAGAUGUGUGCUCUGAACACGUUCCUUAAAUGCAUAUUCUUUAUUCUUUUAUAUUUAUAAACCUUAUCUAU